AUUUUAUGGGUAACAAACCUUCCAACCUAACCAGAAACACGCGCACGCGGAGUUAAAAUAGAACAAGAUUAACAUAGCGGCGUCGCAGUUUCAGGAAAUUGCAUUCAAUCUGAAACGCCCCGUCACUAAUCCAACCUCCGAAGAAUUUCGAUUGAACGGGGUGUUCUCAAUUUCAAAACAUUUUCUCACCAAUUUUUCUCCUCAAUUCAAUUUUAAUCAAACUUAGGUUUAUUUUUUCUUAGACCUUCCGUUUUGGAUCCGCCAUUAUAAUCGUCGAUUUGGGGAAAGUUCAAGCAUGGAUGGCAUAAUGAGCAAGCUCCGCAACCUCGACGCGUACCCCAAAAUCAACGAAGAUUUUUACAGCCGCACGCUCUCCGGCGGCGUUAUCACCCUCGUUUCCUCUAUCCUCAUGCUCUUGCUCUUCCUCUCCGAGCUCCGGAUGUACCUCCACUCGGUCACCGAGACCAACCUUGUUGUAGACACUUCCAGAGGCGAAACGAUGCGUAUCAAUUUUGAUGUCACGUUUCCUGCCCUUCCGUGUUCCAUACUUAGUCUCGAUGCCAUGGAUAUCAGCGGAGAGCAGCACCUAGACGUUAAACAUGAUAUAAUCAAAAAGAGAUUAGACUCUCACGGCAAUGUGAUAGAAACGAGGCAAGAAGGAAUUGGUGCUCCCAAGAUUGAAAAGCCCUUGCAAAGGCAUGGAGGCAGGCUUGAGCACAACGAGACUUAUUGUGGUUCCUGUUUUGGUGCUGAAACGUCUGAUGAUGAUUGUUGUAAUUCCUGUGAGGAUGUUCGUGAAGCAUACCGUAAGAAAGGUUGGGCACUUUCAAACCCAGAUUUAAUUGAUCAGUGCAAAAGAGAAGGAUUCUUACAAAGAAUCAAGGAUGAAGAUGGUGAAGGAUGCAAUGUGUAUGGUUUCUUGGAAGUAAAUAAGGUUGCAGGGAACUUCCAUUUUGCCCCUGGGAAAAGCUUUCAGCAAUCUGGUGUACAUGUGCAUGACCUGCUGGCCUUUCAAAAGGAUUCUUUUAAUUUAAGUCACCACAUCAACAGAUUAUCUUAUGGAGAGUAUUUCCCUGGUGUUGUAAAUCCUCUCGACAAUGUGCAUUGGAUACAAGACACACCAAGUGGGAUGUACCAGUAUUUUAUUAAGGUUGUGCCGACCGUAUACACUGACGUGAAUGGGCAUACUAUCCAGUCAAAUCAGUUCUCUGUGACGGAACACUUCAGGACUGGAGAUGUGGGCCGUCUGCAGUCCCUCCCUGGAGUUUUCUUCUUCUAUGACCUUUCUCCAAUUAAGGUUACUUUCACAGAAGGACAUGUCUCAUUCUUACAUUUUCUUACUAACGUGUGUGCUAUAGUUGGAGGUAUCUUUACCGUUUCUGGAAUACUAGAUUCAUUUAUUUAUCACGGUCAAAGGGCUAUCAAGAAGAAGAUGGAACUUGGUAAAUUUAACUGAUGGGUGUUAUUUGAGUAAAUUUCAAGCGAAUGGCUCUCCAAUGACAAUAUGUUCAAGUGAAGAUCAACUCCUGAUUGAAAUUCCCAUUGGGGUUGAGUUCUUCAGUUUCAACAAAAGGAUUUUGCCGUUAGAUGUUGUCAUCAAUGAAGGUCGAAAUGCUAAGAUCAUAUCAUGUGCAACAAAUGCCACUUUGCGAUGGUUCUAUCUUUUAUGACAGAGCUCUGAUGUUGUGAAUGUUACGUGCUUUAUGGAAAGUAGAGGGGCUUUCAUUGUAGUCGUACACUUGCAGAUGUCCCUUGCAGAAGCAUCAAAAGGAAAUCCUUUAAGAGAAAAAAUAAAUCAACGAUGAAAA